AUGUCGGACGAGGCGUACGAGUACCUUCAGCCUGGGUUUGACCCCAAGUCGCUGACGGUACCACGGCUGCGCUCCAUUUUGGUGGCGCACGAUGUCCAGUACCCCGCGACGGCGAAGAAGCCGCAGCUCAUCGACAUUUUCAACGAAGGCGUCGUUCCGAAGGCCAAGAAGUUUCUCGACAAGCAAGCGCGCGCCAAGCGUUCGAGCAUGGGCAUCAUCAACAUGCCCAGAGGCGACUCCUACGACACGGCGUCCUUCGACGACGAAGACGUUGAUCUGGCACCACCACCUCAACGUGAAACACGCUCUCGUUCACCGCGCAAGGCUUCAGCAAGGCUACGGUCAGAGGACUACGAAGACGAGCCUGCCUUGCCUCUCAGCCCUACCAAACGCAAGGUUCGGGGCGCCAGUCGCCAAUUGUCUCAUCCGCCUGCGGACUUAUAUCCCACUGAGGCAGAGCCGCCUCGGGUCAGUCCGGAGGAGCACACGAACGGUGACGCCUCAGGGUCAAAAGUUGAAAGAUGUAGAGGAUGGAUUCUUCAAUCUUCAAGAGACGGAUGUCAACUUCUCCGCCGAGAACCCAUUCCAGAGUGGGAGCUCUCCAGCGCCUGCCUCGCGGCCCUAGCAGCAGCCGCAGGCAAACAGCCGGGCAUGAAACUCCCGGCUACAUUGAACGACGUCGGCGAACGGGGCCGCACUGAUGGCUAUGAGCGGCCCAAGUCUGCUAAAUCGAACAAGAGUUUACCCCUGAAGAACAAAUUGAGUUGGAAAAUGGAAAUAGCCAUGAAGGGCGCCAACGGUCUGCUGGAGCAACGUCAACCCAAGCCAGCGAAGAAGCGCACUGGUCUCAGGACACCUUUGAUGGCGCUUGCUGUCACCCUGCUAGGAGCGUACGGCGGCUGGUAUCGACAGGAGAAGAUCGCCGUCGGUUACUGUGGCCUCGGCAGACCUGCGACUCAGGUCAUCCCCCCUGAGGUGUCAGUUCCCGACUGGAUCGUCCCUUACAUUGAGCCCCAGUGCGAGCGUUGCCCUCAACACGCCUACUGCUUUGAGGACUAUACUGUGCGCUGUGAUGACAACUUCAUCUUGAAGCCUCACCCCCUUUCGCUCGGCGGUCUGGUACCGCUGCCGCCCACCUGCGAGCCCGAUGGCGAGAAGGUCAGGCGGAUCAAGGCUGUUGCCGACAAGGCAGUUGAGGAGCUUCGUGAGAGGAGGGCCCAGUUUGAAUGUGGCGAACUGGUUGAUCAGACGGGCGAACAUGAGGAGAGUCCGGCCAUUGAGGAGGAGAAGCUCAAGUCGGCCAUUAGUGAAAAGCGCAGCAAGAAGAUGAACAAGCAGGAGUUCGACGAUCUUUGGGCAGCUGCUAUUGGAGAUAUCAAGGACCGCGAGGAGGUCGAGAUCAUCAACAUCACUAACCAGAUCGGUCGCGCCGGAAGCAGACAAGCCGAUUCCGCCGGCCUUCCAAACACCUACCUCUCGUCCACCUCUCUCGCUCGCCUUUCGAUCAGCUGCGCGGCCAAGCGGUCCCUCCGGCUCGGAUUGGCAAGAUAUCGACUCCCAGCUGGAUCUCUAGCCGCCCUGGUGGCUUUGUAUUUUUAUUUGCGUGGGCGCUAUCGAUCCCACAAGGCCGAGGUCUCCCGGGUUCCGUCUCUUGUUGACUUGGUUCUCGCACGACUUGCAUCGCAGAAGGAGCUUGGCGAAGAGGAGCUUGACGAUCCUUGGCUGUUCCUGCCAAACCUACGAGACGACGUUCUUCGCUCUGUGCACUCGCUGAAGAGCCGGGAUCGCAUCUGGUCUCGAGUGAGAGCCGUCGUGGAGCAGAACAGCAAUGUGCGUACCAGUCAGCGCGAGGGCCGCAGCGGCGAGGUCGGCCGCGCCUGGGAAUGGAUCGGGCCACUCACUGGCGAUAGCGCAAGGCGGCGGAAGAGUGGGCGCGUGUCAUUCGGAACUGGCGCUGUAACGGAUGACGAUCGGAAGGACGAAAUGUCAGAGAAGUCAACGGCGCGUUCGACCUGGCAGGAGUCGCGACCGAUCUACUGA